AUGUACACCUCCACUAAGGUUCUCGGCCUGGCUGCCGCUCUCGCCGCACCUGCUGCUGCUUUCUUCCGUAUGCCCUGCCCUGGUCGUAUUGUUACUGAGCGUGCCGACCCUAUCGUUUCCCCUGGACAGGUCUCCGGCCACGUCCACACUAUUUCCGGUGGUAACGGAUUCAAAUUCGAGAUGGACUAUGCCGAUGCUCGCUCUUCGAGCUGCUCCUCUUGCCCUAUCAAGCAGGAUCUUUCCAACUACUGGACCCCUUCUCUCUACUACCAGUACCAGAAUGGAUCUUUCGAGAACGUUCACCAGUCAGGUGACGGCCAAGGUACCUACGGUGGCAUGACUGUCUACUACCUCCAGCGUGGUGGUCCCAACAACGACAAGCUCAAGGCUUUCCCCGAAGGCUUCCGUAUGCUUGCUGGCAAUCCUUUCAAGCGCAACCACACCGACGACUUCGAGUCCGAGGCUGUCAGCUUCGUUUGCCUCGACUACAGCGGUGGCUCCAGCACUAGCGAUGGUCUCCCUACUAAGAACUGCCCCGAUGGUCUCCGUGCUCAGGUCUUCUUCCCUUCGUGCUGGGACGGUGUCAACCUUGAUUCUGCUGACCACAAGUCACACAUGUCAUACCCCAUUGGCGGUAGCUACGACAGCGGCAAGUGCCCUGACACUCACCCCGUCCAUCUGAUCUCCAUCUUCUACGAGGUCAACUACAACGUUGGUGACUUUGGCAGCAUGUGGUAUGGUAGCGGACAGCCUUUCGUCUUUGCUCAGGGUGACCCCACUGGUUACGGAUUCCACGGUGACUUCGUUAACGGUUGGGACGUUCCUACCCUCCAGUCGGCUGUUGAUGAGUGCAACAACGACAGCGGUCUCCUUUCUGACUGCCCUGUCUUUGACAACCUUCUCUUCACUAACGAUGAGAGCAAGGCUUGCAUCAUCCCUCCUCAGGUUGACGAGCAGGUCACUGGCAUGCUCGACGCUCUUCCCGGCUGCAACCCCGUUCAGAAGGGUCCCGGCCUCGCUACCGUCCAGACUUGCGCUGUCACAGCAAACUCUAGGGUCGCAACUGUCGGCGCCUACGAGCAGUACUUCACGGAUGUGACUUCAUCUCUCAAGUGGCAGUACGUUGGCUGUGGUACCGACAACUUGGGCAGCCGCACCCUGAACUCCGCGUCUACCAGCAGUGGCUCCAUGACCGUCGAGUCAUGCAUUUCCUUCUGCUCGGGCAAGGGAUACGCUUACGCAGGUCUCGAAUACGCUUCCCAGUGCUACUGCGGUAAUUCGGUCGCCUCUGACCGUGCACCCCAGACUGGUAUUCUCGGAAACUGCUUCUCUCCUUGCGCUGGUGACAGCAGCGAGUACUGCGGUGGUAGUGCCGCUCUGUCCAUCUACCAGAGCUGCAAUGGCCUCUCCAGCUGCACCAACAACGCCUACAAUGGACCUGAUGGCGCUGCUGCCUCUGUUGCUUCCUCAUCGGUUGCCUCUUCUUCUGCUGCCGCUUCAUCGUCGAAGAGCAGCAGCACCAGCGUUAGCUCCAGCCACACCAGCACGUCAACCUCGAGCACCAAGUCUGCAACUACCCUUGUCACCUCGAGCAAGAGCUCCUCUUCCUCAAAGUCUUCUACAUCUACCUCCACCUCGACUUCUUCGGCACGCCACCACCGCAAGCAAAAGACGCCCGCCUCGGCAACCAAGAACGCACGUUUCGCCGCUGCCGUUGCUGACAAGGAGGCUGCCGACCGUCAAGCCGCCGAGGUCAAGGCCAAGCUCGCUGCCAGCAAGGUCCGCCGCCAUCUGGCAGAGUUGAAGGCUGGUCGUCACCACUAA